GAUACAUUCGGAAAAAUUGUGAGCGCUUGUAGGCCGGCUAUUCUGGAAGCAUUCAUAAAAGCGUUGAGCAUUUCUUAGUAUAUAACUUUUUCCCUAAUUGUAUUAGAAAUGGGCAAAAAGGACAAAAAAGGCGAAACAACCGAUCCAUCCAGCGAAGAAGAAUACAUCGUGGAAAAAGUGCUUGAUAAAAAAAUAGUCAAAGGAAAGAUCCAAUAUCUAUUGAAGUGGAAAGGCUACAGAGAGGACGAGAGUACUUGGGAGCCUGUUGAAAAUCUUGACUGUGAAGAGUUGAUCAAAACAUUUGAAGAAAGUAGAAAGGAAAAAGAGAAAUCCAAAAAGACGGAAGAGCGUGGUAAGAAACGUGUGCGAGAGUCUAGCGUGGAGACAACUGCGUCGGGGCGCAAGGGCCGCGGCACCAGCGUCUCGUCCGUUGAGGACCCUAAAGAGAACAAGCGUGAGAAGGAGCAAAAGUCUGGCUUCGAAAGAGGUUUUAAAGCUGAGAAAAUUAUUGGAGCGUCAGAUGCUACAGGUGAAUUGAUGUUCCUAAUAAAAUGGAUCGACUCUGAUGAAGCAGAACUGGUCCCCGCCAAGGUGGCCAACGUCAAAUGUCCUCAACAAGUAAUUGCAUUCUAUGAAGAAAGGUUGACAUGGCACACGCCAGCCGAGUCCGAUUGAUAGAACAAGUUCAAGAGUGCAUUUGAUUCAGACUUUAUAUGAAAAACUUACAAAAUUUAGUGUUUUAUGG